UCCAGGUGUGGCAGGAGAGUGGCUCCAGGCCAAAACUGUAGAGCGACAUGUCCCAACAGAGGCAGGAGAGGCUGCUGGAAUGUAACUGCUGUGAGGGCUGAUCUGUGUUGCUGCAGGCCCAGGAUCAGAUCAGGAAGGACAGGGAUACAUGGUGUGGAAUUCUUGUUGGUAGCUGGAGGUGCAGGGCUGUGUUCGUGGACUCUGGGCAGUCGACACGAAUGGAGCUGUGCAGUCUGACUGGGUGAAGGAAGUGACUACUCAUGGGAGUGAAAGAAAGUGGUAAUGGACGUGCUCCACAGCUCCGGUUUGAGCAGCACAUACUACCUGCAGACCCAGUUCAGCCACAGCCAGGGCUACUUCCUCUCAGUCUCCAAGGCAACGGACCUACGCAACACCUUCUUCCUGUUGUUCCCCAUAUGGUUUUAUGUACGGCAGGCUGACGCCAUCAGACUGGUGUGGGUGGCAGUGGUGGGAGACUGGCUCAACCUGAUGCUGAAAUGGCUUCUGUUCGGAGAGCGUCCCUAUUGGUGGGUUCAGGAGACAGGUUACUAUGGCAACACCUCCCAGCCAAUGAUAGAGCAGUUCCCCAUGACCUGUGAGACAGGGCCAGGAAGUCCGUCGGGUCAUGCCAUGGGGGCUGCAGCGGUCUACUACACCAUGAUGUCAUCACUCCUCGCCACAGUGCUGAAGAAAGAAGGACAUCAAAUCAGGAAAUGGUGUGUGCGUGUCUCACUGUGGACACUGUUCUGGUGCGUGCAGCUGUGUGUGUGCCUCUCCAGGGUCUUUGUCGCUGCUCACUUCCCACAUCAGGUCAUCACAGGUGUUUUCAUAGGUAUCCUGGUAGCAGAAGCUCUCAGCCGGACCCAGCAGAUCUACAAGGCCGGCCUGUGUUCUUACCUCCUCGCCUCCCUGCUCCUCCUCUCCCUGGCUCUCCUCCUUUACCUGUGCCUCCAGCUGGUAGGCGUCGACCUCCUCUGGAGCGUGGAGAAAGCGCGGUGCUGGUGCCACCGAGCGGAGUGGGUCAGCGUGGACACCAGCCCCUUGGCCAGCUUGUUCAGAAACACUGGGACUCUGUUGGGCCUGGGCGUGGGGCUCCACUCCCCUGUGCAUGCGGUGGUGGGCAGGGGGUCUGAGGGCGCCAUCUACAGAUCCAUCUGCUUGAGCGCAACGCUGGUGCUGCUGCAGUUGUUUGACUCUGCUUUUAGGCCCCCUGUCCACGGCGGAGCUCUCUUCUACCUGCUGUCGUUCUGUAAAAGUGCCACGGUGCCUCUGGCUACGGUGGCUAUUGUUCCCUACUGUGUCACUGCAGCCCUGGGAUACAAAGGGAAGAAGCUGCUUUGAGUCGUAGCAUAGCAUGUACUGUUGACCAGUGGUGGAACGUAACUACAUGUACUCAAGUACUGUACUUCAGUACAAAUGUUGAGGUACUUGUACGUUACUUGAGUCUUUUCUUUUCAUGCCACUUGCUUUCAAGUGGCACCGUCUGCACUAAUGAGUUAGUGAGCUGAACUGUGGUGAGGAUUGUACAGGACAGCAAUAUCAGACCGGAGGGCUUAAGCAAAAGGCAAAAUAAAUCUUCACAGCAAACGAGAUCACACACACCAAAGCAACCAUCACAUAUACACACUCGUAUGUUACAGCACCUCACACAAGCACAUUUCAGAGAGAAAUAUUGUAUUUUUUACUCCACUACAUUCAUCUGUUA